AUGUCCAACGAGCAGACCUUCAUUGCCAUCAAGCCCGAUGGUGUCCAGCGCGGACUCAUUGGCCCCAUCCUCUCUCGCUUCGAGAACCGUGGCUUCAAGCUCGUUGCCAUGAAGCUGUGCUCUCCUUCCCAGCAGCACCUCGAGCAGCACUACGCUGACCUCAGCGACAAGCCCUUCUUCAAGGGACUCGUCUCCUACAUGCUGAGCGGCCCCAUCUGCGCCAUGGUCUGGGAGGGCCGUGAUGCCGUCAAGACCGGCCGCACCAUCCUCGGUGCCACCAACCCCCUUGCCUCCGCCCCCGGCACCAUCCGUGGUGACUACGCCAUCGAUGUCGGCCGCAACGUCUGCCACGGUUCCGACUCCGUCGAGAACGCCAAGAAGGAGAUUGCCCUCUGGUUCAAGCCCGAGGAGCUCCAGAGCUGGAAGCAGAGCCAGUUCGACUGGAUCUACGAGAAGGCUUAAAUGUCUCAUCUCCGCUUUAGCAUUUCGGAGCCUACCGACCCUCCAGUUUCAGGGAUGUAGCGCUACUUAGAUGCAAUUGUCCAUAAACAAUAAAAGCCCCCAUGAGAAAUACAAGUCAUUUCCCGAUCUAACUCUAUUUAU